AGUUGGUAUAAAAUUUUAAAUAUCAAACUUCAAGAAGUCAGUAGUAAAUUUAAAAUCCUCUGCCAAAAUUAUAGGAACAACCUUAUAAUUUAUAAUCUUUAUAACUUUUAUUAUAUUUAAUUUGUGUCAUUUUUGCAAAUUAUGGCUGGUCCUCGUGUUAGGGAAGGAACUUUAGCGAAAGUUUAUGAAAAACAUCUCAAGAAUGUAAAAACUGUUGCUGCAAAAAUAGACAACUCGGCACCUCGCCUGCCUGUUGCAGUCUACGUUAAAGAAGCGAAGUACUAUGCAGAUAUUGCCAGGUUGCGGAACCUAGAUGUGGAAAACCGAGGACUGAUUAAACGGAUCAAUACUAUAUACAGAAUCAAGGGAAGGGUGGAUUGCAAACUUGAGAGGUACAGCAGGCAAAGAACUAUUUAUAGCCAUGAAGCUGAAGCUGUGGAAAAACAACAAAGAAGAAAUGCCAAGUUUUUGCAGAAGUUAGAUUCGAAGUUUGUAAAAUCUGAAUAUAACCAAGAGUACUUAUCAAAAGACUGGAAGAAGAUGUUAAAGGCAAUGAAGUUCUCGGCGAAAUAUCCAGAGUUUUACGACAUUAAACCCUCUCGUCUAGAAAGUUGGUCGCUCUGCCCACCGAAUGUUUCUUCCGAUCCAGCUUCUCAUCAAGUGUGUUAUUUAGACCUGAAGAUCGGGGAUCUGCCACAAGUAAGUCGGUUGGAGAUUGAGGUUUACAGUGACAUUGUCCCAGCCACUGCGGCCAACUUCGUAGCGUUGUGUCAAGGAUUUGGCAAACUCGGCUACAAAGGAUCUCCCUUCCACAGGAUAGUUCCGAAUUUGUUCUGUAUCGGUGGAGACGUUGUCAACCAUUCUGGAACUGGCGGAAUGUCUAUAUAUGGUGCUUCCUUUCCAGAUGAGAACUUUACACUGCAACAUAAUGGACCAGGGGUUGUCGCCAUGUACUCCUCCACUCCAGACAACAACAAUUCACAGUUUCUUAUAACAUUCAAGCAGCUUGUAACCUUAAAUGGAAAGUUUGUGGUUAUUGGAAGAGUCAAGAAAGGUUUCAAAGUUCUUAGAAUGAUUGAGAGCUGUGGAACAAAAGGUGGCAAACCUUUGGGCACAGUGAAGGUCGUUAAAAGUGGAGUUUACAAAGAAAACAAGAAAGAAACCAUCUCUACCCCAAUAAGUGGAUGCCAAGGGCUGUAAAAUAUACAUUUGAUGUUAUAUAUAAAUAUACU